AUAUUUCGGAAUGUGGUGUAUGCCUAUAUUUUAGAAUAUAUUUAAAUGUGAAGCUAUAGAAACUUUGGAAUUGAGUCGCAUUUUUCGAACAUUUAUAAGCAAAUGUGGCUUGCACUGGAAUGAAAUAGGCUACCUACAUAGCACAGUUGGGAUAGAUCGAUAGAUAGAUAACACCUGUUGCGUAAAAUAGCUAAAUAGUCUAACUAACAUUAUAUAUGUAAUAUGCACGUGCCUUCAAUAUUUUCGAAUGCAUACCCAAAUUGCUGCACAUUGUCAAAUUAAGGACAUCUGGAAUCCUGGGUUAUUUCUAUUGGAGCACCUAUAUGCUUUGGCUUACGUGCCGUAGCAAUAACUGAAUACCAUAGUGCUGCUUGUGGUCGAUUUAAACAGACGAACAUUUCCAGUCAGGAGAAAAACAGUAGACAGGAAACAGAAAUGAUAGUCUGCGGCUAUGGAAUGAUGUAACCACGUGUCUCGGACGCAUCGGCUGAACAGAAAACACCAGUUGAUGACUGUGGCAGAGCGGUGAGACUGCUUAUUCCCGUGUCCCUUCUACGACCUACAAUGGCAGCAAAACUGAACUCGAAUAUCCUGUAUGUGCGGGAACCCCGGGAGUCCCUCACCUCGCAGGACUCUGACCGCCUGACUCAGGCCGAAGCGGGCGAGGAAUCUUCGGACAGCGACGGUGAACAAGAGGAAACCUCGCACAGGCUCAUUAGGAAAGUGUCCACCUCCGGCCAGAUUCGUGCAAAGAAAAGUGUGAAAGAGGGGCAUCUACUCAAACAGACCAGCUCCUUCCAAAGAUGGAAGAGAAGGUACUUCAAACUGCGUGGGCGGACCUUGUACUACGCCAAAGACUCCAAGUCUCUGAUAUUUGAUGAAGUGGACCUGUCAGAUGCCAGUGUGGCAGAGACCAGUACCAAGAACAUCAACAACAGCUUCACGGUCAUCACUCCUUUCCGGAAGCUGAUGUUAUGUGCAGAAAGCAGGAAGGAGAUGGAGGACUGGAUCAGUGCCCUGAAGUCAGUGCAAAAGUGGGAGACCUACGAGGCCAGCCUGUUCAACAUGGAGCACUUUUCCGGAAUGCACAACUGGUACGCCUGCUCCCACGCCCGGCCCACCUUCUGCAACGUGUGCCGGGAGGCGCUGUCCGGGGUCACCUCCCACGGCCUGUCCUGCGAAGUGUGCAAGUUCAAGGCCCACAAGCGCUGUGCUGUGAGGUCCACCAACAGCUGCAAAUGGACCACGCUGGCGUCCAUCGGCAACGACGUCAUCGAGGAUGAGGAGGGGUUCUCCAUGCCCCACCAGUGGCUGGAGGGGAACCUCCCCGUUAGCGCCAAGUGUGUGGUGUGCGACCGUAACUGCGGCAGUGUGAGGAGACUGCAGGACUGGCGAUGCCUGUGGUGCAAGGCCAUCGUCCACAGCAGCUGUAAGGAGCACAUGGGAAAGACCUGUCCUCUGGGCCCGUGCAAGCUGUCCAUCAUCUCUCCCACGACUCUCAACAGCAUUGAAUCUGACGGGUUCUUGAAGGUCACCAGCGCUUCCUGCUCCAGCCCGUUGCUGGUUCUGGUCAACUCCAAAAGCGGGGACAACCAGGGGGUAAAGUUCCUCCGCAGGUUCAAGCAGCUGCUGAACCCGGCGCAGGUGUUCGACCUGAUGAACGGGGGCCCGCAGCUGGGUCUGAGGCUCUUCCAGAAGUUUGAGACGUUCAGGAUCCUGGUGUGUGGGGGCGAUGGCAGUGUGGGCUGGGUGCUGUCUGAGCUGGACAAACUGGGCCUGCACAAGAAGUGCCAGCUGGGGGUGCUCCCUCUGGGCACGGGGAAUGACCUGGCCCGGGUGCUGGGCUGGGGGGGGCUGUGUGACGACGACGCCCAGCUCAUGCAGAUCCUGGAGAAGCUGGAGAGGGCCACCACCAAGAUGCUGGACAGAUGGAGUGUCAUGACCUAUGAAGUGCCCACCAAGCACUCCCCCCCAAUAGUGAAGGAGGACGACACUCUGGACUCCACCCUCCAGGCCCAGAUGAGCCUCUAUGCUGACUCUGUGGCGUCCCACCUGACUAAGAUCCUGGACUCAGACAAACACAGCGAUGUCAUCUCCUCUGCCAAGUUCCUGUGUGGGACGGUGAAUGACUUUGUGUCGGAGGUGGGUAAAGCGUACGAGAGAGCCACGGAGAACAGGGAGGAGGCGGACGCCAUGGCCAAGAAGUGCGCUCUGCUGAAUGACAAGCUGGACUCGCUGGUCAAAGCGCUGAACGAGGAGAGCGACGGGGGGAUUAGACCCGCCAGGGGCGACGGGGGAGACCCCGAAUCUCCCGACGUCCCCCAGCCCUUCAAGUCCAAAGAGCAGCUGAUGCUGCGGGCCAACAGCCUGAAGAAGGCCCUGCGACAGAUCAUCGAGCAGGCCGAGAAAGUGGUGGACGAGCAGAACAGACACUCCCAGAUGCAGAGAAUGCCCUCCUCCUCCUCCAUAAAGAGGGAGAACAGCGAGGAGCUGAAAGAUGCUGACCCACGUCGAGGAACCGUGAGCCCCUCCUCCUCCAUCGUUCUGGAGAAGUCGGAGAGCUUCAGCUCCAUGCUCUUCAGUGAGGACUCUGUACAGUGCUCAGAGAAAUGUGUUAUGAACAACUACUUUGGGAUCGGUUUGGAUGCAAAAAUCUCCCUGGAGUUCAACAACAAGAGAGACGAGAACCCCAAGAAGUGCAGCAGUCGCACUAAGAACAUGAUGUGGUACGGAGUGCUGGGGACCAAGGAGCUCCUCCAGAAGACCUACAAGAACCUGGAGCAGCGAGUACAGCUGGAGUGUGACGGCGUUCCCAUGUCCCUGCCCAGCCUUCAGGGCCUGGCCGUCCUCAACAUCCCAAGCUACGCUGGGGGCAUAAACUUCUGGGGAGGAACCAAGGAGGACAAUAAUUUCGGAGCGCCCUCUUUUGAUGACAAGAAGCUGGAGGUGGUGGCUGUGUUCGGCAGCAUGCAGAUGGCAGUUUCACGCGUCAUUAACCUGCAGCACCACCGGAUCGCGCAGUGUCGGCAGGUGAAAAUCACCAUCCUAGGGGAGGAGGGUGUACCAGUGCAGGUGGAUGGGGAGGCCUGGAUCCAGCCACCUGGAAUCGUGAAGAUUGUCCACAAGAACCGGGCCCAGAUGCUCACCAGAGACCGGGCGUUCGAGAGUACUCUCAAGUCCUGGGAGGACAAGAGGAAGUGCGACGGCUACCGCUCCUCCCGGCCCCGCCUCAACUCCCAGCAGUCCAUGGAGUACCUGACCGAGGAGGAGUGCGCCCAGGUGCAGCAGCUGGGCCUGGUGGCCGACACCCUCAUCAGCAGGAUCAGGGAGGCAGCGAAGACACACAAGGUGGUGGAGCAGGAGCUGGCCCAUGCAGUCAACGCCAGCGCCCUGGUCCUAAGCGAGGCCUUCCCCAGCAAGCCUUCCAGCCCUGAGUUCAUCAGCCGCACAACAGCUGUGGAGAUCGUCAACAGCUCCAAAGUCCUGCACCUCGAGACCCAGAUGCUUCUGGAUGGGAAACUACUGAAACUGGAAAAAACUGAGGAGGAAGAUCUGCUCUCUACCCUCAGCACCCUGAAUGUUGAGCUGCAGAAGCUGGCGGACAUUCACUGGAUCUGUCCCAGCAUGCACUGCGCCGAGGAGGACACGCCCAGGACCAGCAGUAAGAGCAGCAGCAUGAAGCUGAAGAUCAUCCCCAAAGUGAAGAAGGACAGGGAGAAGCUGCACAAGCAGAAAUCCAACAGCUCCCUGUCAGGAUCCUGGGAUAUGAAAGGAGUGCCGUGUGACACAGCAGACUGCACUGGAAAUUGAGAGGCCAAGGAUGAAGCUCUAAACCCCCGUCCUAAAGGAGGGGUGGAGGGUUGAGGGCCUGGUCUUCCCUUAGGUAGGGUCGAUCUACCGGAGCAAAAUGGCCGCCCUUCCCUCUUCCAAAGUCUGGUGGGAAGAUGGCGCAGAGGGCGGCUUCGCAUCCAAACCGUGAAUCUUCUGUUAACUCAAGUCCACCAUCAAGUCAGAGCUGCCUGCUGUGAAAAGACGGCUUUGUCUGAGCCAAGCCUCCUGUUCCUUCCCAUAAUGCCACAUUCUUGCCUGGAACACUUCCAUAUUUUUAUUCCUUUCCUUCUAUUCUCAUUUUUCUUUGUUUUACACACCAUUUUGAGUUGUGCUUUGUUUUUUCGUGUGAAACCUUGACUUACAAAUCUGUAGGUGAAAGACUACUUUGGCCUCCUCACCACCAUUGCCACAAGAACAAACAAUGAACAAAACAAUGUCUCUCUGCGUUGGCUUAGGGACCUUCAUAGGGGGAGUAUAAAUAUGUGUAUAAAAGAGCAUCUUUCUGAAUGCAGUUGUGGCUAAAUUAGACCCGUAUUAUGUGUGAAAAAUGGCCAGUUACAUAUUGAUGCCUCUAUGCCGGUGUCCUGCAUGCCUUCCACACUUUCUGUGUGUGCGUGUGAGAGAGAUCUCUUCUUUCAAUAGCCAACAAAGUGGUGUUCUUGUAUAACUAACAGUUGUGUAUUUUCUCAAAGCUGCAGUAAUGUUUGUGCCAAGUUUGCAUUGAGUGCAGCAGUUUAAGAUGUUGAAAGAAUGUGUGUCAUACAUUUCAGAGAAGAUUAUAUUGCCUUGCACUUUAAACCUGAAACACGGACUUAAAAGUGUGGGUUGUAAAACUUCUUAGUUGUUUACAACUUUAUGGCAACCUCACAUAUUUAUGUCAAAUCAAUAAAUACCAGAUAUUUAGUACAAAAUAAAUAAAUGAAUGUUGAAAUGCCAAUGCUGUACACAGAUGUUUAACUAUUAAGGUUUUUUUCAAUUUUCUUUUUUUAUUUAAUUGUGGUUUUGAUGAAUCAUGCAUAGUUUUGGCAGCAGCAUUGAUAAAGUAAUAUUUAUGUAAUGUACCAGUAUUUAUUUUGUGAAUAUAGCAUUUUGAUGUGGCUACCUAGGAGCCUGUGUAGUCAAGAUGUACGAUGAACAAUAUACAGAACAAAAAUAAAAUAAAAAUAAAUAAUGAUGUAACCGGUCAUGAGCCAAAGUGACGGUGUAACCCAACACUGCUUUUUAAAAAAAUAACCGAUUAUGUCUGUAAAAUAUGUUCCAAGUAGAGACAUUCCAUCCAGAAUCAGAAAGAUGGCUGAUGCCACAGUUCUCCAAGACUUAAUGUCGCACGAGUUUGUUAUAAAGUAUUAAAUGAUAAUAUUCGUCAUUUUAAGCUGUAUUGUGAAGUAAAUUGAGGUCCAAAAAAAAAAAAAAAAACAUUUUGUGAAAAUCAAUCAAAGCUGUUGUCAGUGGUAUUUGCUCAGUUGGGGGGUAGUGCUUCUCUUUGCGUUUGCGCGUAACCCCAGUUAUUGAUGAAUGUGAGUGUCUGCAGACUAUAACAGGAAUCCAUCCGUGUUGGGGAGUGUGAUGGCGGGACCGUUAGGUAAAUUAAAUAUCACGUACAAACUAAUCGAUUGUACCAUACUAGAUACCUGCGCCAUAAACCAUUUAAGCAUUUUUUGAAAAUCAGUUUCAAGGAUACAGAACUUUUCGUUUCUCACCUGUGAUUAUUCAUCUGGAACAUUUGUUUACUCUAGUCAGUGAAAUUAAUUUUAUUUAUGCAUUGUGCCAUCUGCCAGUUACCUAACUUUAUUUCCAAGAAGGUCCACAUACCUCUCCCUGGCUACUAACCAACAGCAUAUUCCCUGGUGUGUUAACAUCAACAUGGAGCAAAAAUAAAGUAUUAUCAUUGCUGUUUGAA